GGGAAGAGUAGGCAGGAGUUAGAAGGAGGAGGAGGAAGGACUCGGUUUAAGUUCGAGAUUUAAUAGAUGGCUAUAAAUGGGGGGCUGCUGGAACUUUAAAAGGCAGCAAGCUGUGGUUGGCUGGUAGCUAGAUUUGAAGUAACAUAUGGCAUUAAAAGGGGCACAGCUGGAGGUAGCAUUUCCAUCGCAGUGAAGUCAGAGCAGCUGACACUCCAGCUUGCGGCGUAAUUAGCAAACGGAGCACUCCCUCCCAGACGCGGCUCUCCUCUCUCUCUCUCCCCCUCUCGACACACACAAGCAUUCUUCCGUUACUGCCUAGCAAAAGCCCCUUCGCUCCCCACUCCCUUGGGUGGUCACCCACUCCAAGAACAGCUCGGGCUCUUCCAGAACUUUGGGGGACUCCUUUCUCCACAUGAGACCUCCAAGCCCUGCUUUGCAGCUGAGGAAGGUUAUGAAGGAAGAAUGGAGUUCCCAGACCAUAGCCGGCAGUUACUGCAGUGUCUGAGUCAGCAACGUCACCAGGGCUUCCUGUGUGACUGUACUGUUUUAGUUGGAGACGCUCAGUUCCGAGCCCACAGAGCUGUUCUCGCCUCUUGCAGCAUGUUCUUCCAUCUUUUCUACAGGGACCAGCUAGACAAAAGGGACAUUGUGCAUUUGAACACUGACAUUGUCACAGCCCCAGCCUUCGGCUUGCUGCUCGAAUUCAUGUACGAAGGCAAGCUGGAGUUCGACAGCCUUCCGGUCGGAGAUGUGCUGGCCGCGGCCAGCUACCUUCACAUGUACGACAUUGUGAAAGUCUGCAAGGGCAAGCUGAAAGAUAAGGAAUUGUGCGUGGACGAAAGCAUGAAUGGCAGCGGGGCCCUUUUGGAAAAGGAUGAGAGGGUCUUGGACAAUGGAGCGCCCUUGGGGCAUGAGCUCGACCCCGGGAAUAAGCAAAAAAUCAUUACUGCAGAAUAUGAAGGACUAGCUGGGAAAGAAAAGGGCAGCAAUUACCCGGGCUGGUCCUCUGAUCUUGUAAGUAUCAACUCUAUGUUGACCGAGGCAGAAUCGGACACCGUGGCAGCUGAAAAAACAAAAGCUAAUGUCAGUAGUUUGGUGGGACCUUUGUCCCAAAGGUCUCUUCACCACCCCUUGGCUUCAAGUGAUGUAGAGUGUGCUUUAGAUCUGUCUUUCAAGUCUGUGGCUGGGAGAGAUUCUUUCCACCCCUCCUACGUCUUUGGACAGCUGGCUUCCGACGGCCAGCAGCAGCAGGGUAGCGAGCCCCUUGUUAAAGAUGAACAAGAGUGUCUGUCGGAUGAGGAGGUGAGGGAGGCGAGGAGCCCAGAAAGCCAGCAUUUUGGGAAUUCGGCCAAAAGCCUGAUUACGGGGCUGGGGAGCGUGUUUGCGGGGAAUGGUAAUUCCCACAUGCAGGAGGACGACCUAGAUCACGAGCGGGAGGUGAGUGAAGAUGAUAUGGAUUCUUCGGACAUCUCGUCCUCGGGCGUGUUGGUGCCUCCUGGCCACAUCUGCAUUUGCCCCCUCUGCAGCAAGGUUUUCCCCAGCCCACACGUUCUGCAAUUGCACCUGAGCUCUCACUUCCGCGAUAAAGAUGGCUCAAGAACCAGGCUGUCUCCCGACGGCUCUGUGCCCACUUGUACCCUCUGUGGCAAGACUUUCUCCUGCAUGUACACCUUGAAAAGACAUGAGCGGACUCACUCGGGCGAGAAGCCGUACACCUGCGGCCAGUGCGGGAAGAGCUUCCAGUACUCCCACAACCUCAGCCGUCACGCCGUGGUACAUACGAGGGAGAAGCCGCAUGGCUGCAAGUGGUGUGAAAGACGGUUUACUCAGUCUGGCGACUUAUACAGACACAUCCGCAAAUUUCAUUGUGGCCUUGUAAAGUCCCUGGUGGUUUGAGAUAAGUUGUUCUGUUACAGAAGGCACCAUUGGCUUUUAUGUUUGCUGACUGAUAAUUCACUUCGGGCAAUUGAUACUGGGGGAGAGUGUGGGGGCUUACAUUUUAUGUAGGAAUGUAUGCACCCACUCCUCUGACUUGUGGCAGCCCUACACUUGCAUAGUUUAUCUCUGUGACAGGAAAGGUGACUCUUGAUCCAUAAAUCACUUAAUCCAGAGUGAGUCUUUGGACAGAAGCUGAUUUAAUCUCAUUGAUUGGCUUAAUUGGUGUAUAGAUUGGACUGUUCUGAUGCUAAGGGUUCUUCAUACUUUUCUUGGUUUGGCAAUGCUUUCUUGCUAAACUGGGCGUGUGGUGAAGAAGUCCCCUGAGAAACUUGAAACUUCAGCUUGGGUGGAACAGACUGUGCUGUUCCUACAGCAACCCCAUCUCCCAUUUAUCACUGCAUCGUAGGUGCUUCAGGUAGGCAGUUUGGGACUCCAAUGGCCUUAGUUUCUCUCUCUCUCUCUCUCUCUCUUGCUUAAUUCAACUUACUUUAUUUUAAAUACAUCCCGGACAAAUAGAAUUUGAAGGUUGGGGAUGUAAUCUCAAACCUCCUGUUUAAGAUGUUUAUUUGAAGAGAGAUCUGAGUUUCAUGUGCCUCGAGAGGACCAUCUAGUGUCCUCAUUAUAACUAGAAAAGGCCUUGAAAUUAAUGUGGGCGAGCCUGAAAAUUCCCUUGGAUCUUUUAUCAGCUGCAGAUGGAGUUUUUGCCUUGUGAAACUGGUCCUGUUGAAUCAAGCUCACCUUGCUUCUAUUCUUGAUACAUUUUUGGCCUUGCAUAUCCUUUUCUCUACUCUCUACCUGAACUUGCAGUUCUCCUGGAUGGCACUGAAAUAUACUGCAUGGAGUGUAAUCUCUCAGGUCCACUUCACCAUGGGCCCCAAUGCAUAGUUUUAAAGCACAAAUCAAUGGGACGUGGAUUCUCCCACUGUGUGUAGACCUUUCAGUGUGAACUCGGUCCUAUUUGCGUAGAAGCCUAUAUGAGUAGGCUUCGCUCAUGUGAUCUGUCGGCUGUGGAAAGGGGGCAGACAGACUGCGUGAGAGGGGCCUACAUGUGUAGGCCUCAGUGCAGACUGAAAGUUUGAUGUGCGAUGGGGUCAGGAAUGCUGAGUGACAUGACAGACAUCCUAACAAUCUCCCCCCCCCCCCUUUUUAAAUCCCUUUCUUUUAAUACCUUGCUUCUAACAAAAGCACUUUUCUGCAAAAGAAUUCCUGCUGGGACUAAGAUCAAAUGGUGAGAAAUGUGACCUCCUUUGUCCACUGGAAAUGACCAAAGGAAGCAGUUCAUGAAAGAGUCACUUCUCCUUCUCCCACUCGCUCAUGUGAGUGAGAGGGGUGCUUCUUAGCUGGUAUUGAGUCCCCCCUCUUCUGCCACCGUUCCAUCUUGGUGUAGCUGUGUGGCUCCCACCUUGUCAGUAAAAGCUGACGGUGCCCUAGCCACUUGGAAGGUUUAUCCAUUACCACUUGGAAGGCUUAUCCGUGGGUCCUGCGUGAUUAUGGCUACAGCAUUUGCCUUACUGUUGCCAGCGACCAUAAAUGAACUGAACUGAGUCAUACUCAAAUGUUGUGACUUGUAGAUAGUGAGAUUGUAUUGUUGGGAAAACCACUUCUCUUGAGUUUAGGACUUAGGGUUGCUAACUUUGAACUGGCCCCUGUUGCUGCUCCCUUGACAGCCGUUAGAUCUGCAGCAGUUAACCGGUGAUAAUGAUUAGCUCAGUGCAGCUAAAAGCUUCACCAGCUGAUUUUUUGUAUAUCAAAUUGCUGUGAAAGGCACAGGGGCAGGCCAGGCUGGCCUCUUUGGCCAGUUGGCAACUCCAAGCACCGGGUCAGGCAGCCUUGGGCACUCCACCUGUUGAACUACAGCUCCCACCAUCCCCAGCCACAUGGGAGUUGUAGUUCAACAGCAGCUGCCUGACCCUGUCCUAGGUCUACAACGCUGGUUAAAGCUGAGCAUUGAGCAAAAUUGAUGUAUGCACUCGGCCCUGCACUUAAAUGCUAAAGUAGCCCUCUAUGCAGGUAUGUGUAAACGCUCUUGUGUACACGCUCUUACACUAAGAACAUACAUUCUUCCUCAUACAUGUGCCACACUCUUCUUCCUGUUAUCUCUGUCCGCACCAGCCUUAGUUGGAUCUCUGUAGAGCAUCAGCAAGUUGGAAACUGUUACAGGAAAUAGGACACUAAUCGAGCACUACUUAUUUUCUGAGUUUCCCUCCUCCUCUCUCCUUGGAAGCUCACUUUGGAGUUGGGCCUUUGCUUACAUUUAGAGAGAGCACAACUGACGAUGGAGAUGGGCUCGGGGCUUGAAGUAAUAGCAGGGUGGGCCUGAGUUAAUGGGGUCUUGAGGUUAUAAGGGGGUUCUGAUGAGCAAGUGGAAGUGUCUGUUCUGUCCCACAUGCCUGAAGCUCUUCAGCUGUGAGUUGCAUACGAUGCAAUCCCUGUGAGAAAAGCCAGUAAGGAUUUGUAAUAUGCAGGCAGUUACAGAACAGCUGAAAAUAGAAGACUUCAACUAACAUUUCAAAUUUCUAGGAUGUCGCGUUUUGGAAGACUGUGCACUUGCACAGUACUUUCCCUAAACUCUGGAAAUGGUUUGUGCUAAAUUAAGGAUUUUUGCUAUACUGAAAGCGGAGUCCUCCAAAAGUUGCUCCACUGUAAAACUUGUUUUACAAACAAACGUAUCUUGUUUGUUGAUAUUACUUGUUCAUCUCCAUAGGUCAGCUUUAGCCAGCUUCUACUGAUGUAUAAGUGGCACAUUGCUGUAUCUUGUAAAAUGCGUUAAACUUGGCCAUACCGGUGGUUCACUCCAGGCAAGCAGAACACUGCUGCAUUGUUUGAGUAGUGUGUGGUAUUUUGGGGGGUUAAGAGAGAUAGAUGUGCUGUACAGUUAGAACAAAUUUGGGGUGUUAAUUCACAUGUUUCUGGUGUCUGCCUAAUUCUAGAGUGUCUUUUGGUCAGUUUAUGUCACUUAAGUAUCAGGUUAUACCCUCUGGUGAAAAUAUCAAUUCAAAGUCUAUUUUUGCAUAUGUGCAACUUCUUAAAAAUGAAUAGAUUUGUGGACGAAUGUAAUUCUGUGGGAUUGACUUCUAUGGAUUGGAAGUGGAGAAGGAUACUAAAUCAGAUUGACUGACAUCUUGGGAUUCUUAAAAGUGAAAAAUGUUUUUGGAAUGGUUUGUGUGUUGUUGUUUUUUAAAAUCUUUAAUUCUAUGGAAGCACUGAAAUAGUUUGUCCUAUAGGGCAGGUAGUUAUGCUGCAGAAGAAAAUAUUGUCUAACAUUUCCCUUCAACUAUUGGGAUCUAAAAUUGAUUGCAAGAGAGAACUUAACUGUAUUCUGUUAAAAGCUUUGCUUGUCUUUUGUGGCAACAGUUUCCAUUGCUGAAGAGGCAAGCAUGGUUUAGUUUAAAAAGACUUUCUGCUUCUGCUUUAGGAACAAAUGCAGAGGAAACUACAGCUAAGUGCACAUUUUUCUCGUGCCCACACAUACCCUUCCCUAGUUCUUGGCCACCAUAUUUAGGAAGUACUGCUGUGAAGGAGCAGUACUAAUAAUAAUGUAGCAGUGCUAUGAUUUGGUGGGGGGUAUGUUUGGGAAAAGUGACAGCUUUUUGUUCUGAUGAGUACUGAUUUGUUGAAAGCUCCUCUUUAUCCCUCUCUCACAUGAUGAAUGCACAUAUAAUGUGGAAUUUUACUUCUAUUUAUAGUAUGCUUAAAUUCAUUUGUUACUGUAUGAAUAUUCUUGCUAACACAUGCAAGGCAUGCUAGAGCACUAUAUGCCUGAGAAAUGUGACUAUGGUACUGUGGUCUUACUUCAUUAUUUUUCUUUUCCCUUUUGGUUUGGAAAUAGCACUGAACAAAGCCUUCAAAAAUUUAAGUUAUUUUCUGUUGAAACUUUUAAGUUAUAUAAUUUUUUCCCUCCUGAUGAUACUUGAUAUAGUAUUUAUUAGAAUGUUUUUGUUAAGUGGAAUGCUUACUUUGGAGUUUGUUUGGUUCCCCCCCCCCCCCCCCGAAUAAUAAGCUUAAAAUCUGUGUAACUUCAGCUAUCUUUACAUGUAUAAAAAGUGAACAAGAGAAGCAGUGCAUUUUGUCCUGAUCCUGUUUGAUAAUGGAUGCAGGAACUCCUUACACAUGGGACCUCCCCUACUUUGAACAGCUGCUCUAUUAAUUCCAGUGGAUCUGUACCUCCUCUUGUAACGGGCAGGGCAGCACGUGCAAGAGAUUAUGUGCCUAGAGCUCUGGAUUGGGGUGUUUGUUUGUUUGUUUUUCCUUCUACUGGUACUUGUAAAAUAUUUUUUAAAAAAGAAAAGUGCCAUAUGACACCAUUGGAGGGGGUUGGUCUAAUAGAGUUGAGAGAGGUUUGCAUCUGAGUUUUGUCUAAAAAUUAAACUUUAGCAGAAGGCAUUUUUUUGGAUUGCAGUGUGAGAUGGCAGAUGUGUCCAGCUUAACUGAAUUGUUGAGGCAUUGUCUGUCAUAUAGUUCUUUCCCAACCUUGGUUUUUAAAAAAAAGAAAAGUUUGCACUUUUAUUUUAAUAUAACGUUUUGGGGAUUUUUGGUUUGUUUUUAAAAGGUUGCAAUAGUUCUGAGCAUGUUUUUUUUUUUUUAGAGUUCCUCACUCUACAGAAAAGUACUAAAAACAUUGCACACUUAGAGUCAUUCAUUAUGCUGCAGCUGCUCUGUCUUGCAGAGAAUGAAACUGGGAUCCUUAUGGUUCCUCUUUGUUGGUUUUGAUUUCACCAGAGUCAGGAUUUUACCUUAAAGCCGCUUUACUUAAACAAACAAAACAAAACACUGGAUUUAUCUUCAAACCGAUACUGUGAAGUUAAUGUUUUGAAAAACACAGAGAGAGAGAGAAAUCAUCAGUUAUUUUUAAUUGCUUUUAAUCUUGGUGCAGUUCAGAUUGAAAUAUGUAUGUAUAUUUAAAGACACUAAUUUUUGUGGGAGAGUUUUUAUAGUAUACAGUAUGUAGAAAAGCUAUUGGAAUGGACUAUAUUUUAUAAAGAUGUUCUUUCACUGUUUUAUAGUGAACUAUUCCCCCCCGCCACUUCCCCAGUGUUAGCUCUAUGCUGUGUUUAGCCUAGGUUCGACAAUCGCAUAAAAAGAAUGACUUCAGAAAACUUCCCUUAGCAUUUAGUUUCUGUGUGAAGGGCUUGUUUGUUUGCAGUUGUGUAUUGAUAUGUGCUGUUUAAAAAAAAAAAGGAAAAAGGAAAAAAACUGUGACAAUCGUGAUUAGAACUGCUGUCUUUAUUAAAUAAAACAUGUUAGAGUUAUAAAUGAAA